CAUCAGGUCAUGAUGCACUCCCAUCAGGCAAGACUCCACCGUUAAGAGAGAUGAUGACAACAAGAAGGUGGUUGCAGAGAUCAUGGCAAGAUGUUUUGUUCCAAGUCUAAUAACAACCACUUCCUGGGAGGGGUUUCAUUUUGUCGGUCAUGAGAUUCGGAUUACUGAAGCCAUGGAUUGUUAUGGUGCUGUUGUUUGGCCAUCGGCCCUCGUUCUAUGCUAUUUUCUGGAAACAAAUGUGAAGCACUAUAAUAUGGUUGACAAAAAUGUGAUUGAAAUUGGAGCUGGAACAGGGCUAGUCUCCAUUGUGGCAAGUUUACUUGGUGCACACGUGACUGCCACAGACUUACCUGAAUUACUUGGAAACCUGCAAUAUAAUAUUUCCCGAAACACCAAAAUGAAAUGCAAGCAUUUGCCUCGGGUUAAAGAGCUCUCCUGGGGCGUAGCUUUAGAUGAGAACUUCCCCAGGUCUUCCAACAAUUUUGACUACAUCCUGGCAGCUGACGUUGUCUACGCCCACCCUUUCCUGGAAGAACUCCUCAUUACUUUUGACCAUCUGUGCAAAGAAACUACCAUCAUCCUCUGGGUCAUGAAAUUCAGAUUGGAGAAAGAAAAUAAAUUUAUAGAUAGAUUUAAGGAGUUGUUUGACCUGGAGGAGAUUUCCAGUUUCCCUAGCCUGAAUAUUAAGUUGUAUAAAGCCAUGAAGAAAAGUCGGAGGAGUGCGUGAUACCCUCAAGGAGGGCUUCAAAAGCAAAGAUGGUUUCUAGUAGAGUGUUCCUUUAAAGAAGAUCCUGGAUGAUCUGACGUAGCAUGACUUUCCCAAGGGGGACCCCCCCCAAUGAACUUGCCUCACCCCAGACAGGGAGUUUCCCAGAUACAGCACCUGGGUCUGGAGGGUGGCCUGUCAUACUGUGUGGUCAUUGGUUAGGACAAGAUCUGCUUUCCUUAUCCCUCUAUAGCACCAUUUAUUAUUAUUAUCAUUUUAAUAAAUGGUACUAUUACUUUUAAUGUAUAACUAUAGGAUAAUUUUUAAUAUCUCUAAAAUGAACAUUCCUAUUGUUUUAAACAUAAGCUUCUCUGAUUCUCUCUUUAGGAAUAAAGAAAUAGCUUAUAAUGGGAUCUGCAGGUAAAUCUGAAAAGGCAGAUGAAUAAUGUGAUGGUAAAUGUGAGAUUAUAUUUUGUGGUUUUCAUUAGUGCCAGUUUAUAGGUGGUCUGUUGUCUCUGCUUUGUGGGGUGGGCCUCGAGUGCAACCUCUGAAAUCAAUCACGUUUAUGGAUUUGAGGUUAUGGGCAAGGACAUUUCACUCUAGUAAAUGAAAAAUGAAUGGAAGCAAACAUAAACACAGUUGAGAUUUUGGAGGA